GAUUGACAACUCUAUUGACAACACGUGUACUGUUUGUAGUGUUUGUUGUGUUCAGUAAAUCAACACUAAAUCUAUGACAAUGUCUUUUGAUGUCCGCCGCUUUGAUGUCUACCGAAAAGUUCCCAAAGACUUGACUCAACCCACUCUUACCGGAGCUGUCAUUUCGAUUUGUUGUCUCCUUUUGAUUGCAUUUCUCUUUAUAUCGGAAUUGUUUGACUUCAUGUCAACCCAUAUAUCGAGUGAACUGUUUGUGGACAACAGCGGCGGACCGAGUGAUAAGAUAGGCGUCCGUUUGAAUGUAUCGCUUCCACGGCUGUCCUGCGAUGUGAUUGGUCUCGACAUACAGGACGAGAACGGCAGACAUGAAGUGGGAUUUGUUGACAACACCGAGAAGAUUGUGAUGAAUGAUGGCAUGGGAUGUCGUUUUGAGGGUGUAUUCAAAAUCAACAAGGUGCCUGGCAAUUUCCAUGUGUCCACACAUUCGGCCAAAACACAACCCGAAAACAUCGAUAUGACUCAUGUUAUACAUGAGGUCUCUUUCGGCGAUUCAAUGGAUUCCUUCGACAUUAAAGCCGACUUCAAUCCACUGAAAAAUGUGGACAAAAGUGGUGCUCAGUCUAUUGAAUCACAUGAGUAUCACAUGAAAAUCGUGCCGACAAUCUAUGAAGACUUAAGCGGCAAUUAUGCCAAUAGUUUUCAAUACACUUACGCUUACAAAAGUCAUAUAGCGUUCACACAUCACGGCAUUGCAAUGCCUGCCAUUUGGUUUCGAUAUGAUUUGACGCCAAUUACAGUGAAAUACACGAAAAAACGGAAACCAUUUUACAGCUUCUUAACAAUGAUCUGCGCUAUAAUCGGCGGUACGUUUAGUGUGGCCGGCAUUAUAGACUCCAUGGUCUUUACGGCGUCCAAUAUAUUCAAGAAACUAGAGUUAGGAAAACUCAGUUAACUGUAAACAUUCAUUGAAACAUGAAAUUAAUUUAUUUAUUCUCAUAUCUCAACAAUUACUCAAAUUCUUACCACUAUUUAUAAGUAUUUAUUUAAUAAAUGACAAAAAAGUAUAA